ACCUGUGCUUCCUGUUGAAUGCGUCAAAAAGUAAUAGGGGGAAAAUUUGCCCCGCCAUGUUCCUCGUGGGCAGAGAUGCCCAGGAUAACGAGGAUGUGGAGAUGAGCGUGUGAUUGUUGCCCAUUGCGCAUAGCUCAGCGGUAUAAAUAUAGGGAUAACACUCAAAUCUUCCACAUCAAUUGUCAACUUGACUCAACAACGGCAACACCUCACAGAUCCUUUUCCGGAAACAUGAAGUUUUUCAUUGUCCUAUCUGCCUUGGCUUUGGCCAAUGGCGAUCGCAUUCAAGGUCGUGGUGAACGACAAGGUCGUCAAUCCAACAAUGCUGUCAAUGGUGGUGUUGACUUCAGCGGCUGCCAGAACGACCCCGAGACUGGCCUUUGUUGUGUGGAAAAAGAGGAGACCGUGACCUCCAUCCAGAAGGAUCCCAUUCUUGAAUGCACCCACAAGAAUGUGGAAAAGUGUCACUACACUUAUGUGACGGAAUUCUCGCCCGCUCAAGAAGAGGUUUGUGAAGAGAACUUUGAAAAGUCUUGCCAGAUCACGUUCAAGCAACAAGCCAUUGAGGAGCAAGUGAAGAAAUGCUACCGUCCUUUGGAGAAGAUAUGCAAUGGUCAAGGACCCGAGGAGUGCCGAACUGUCUACGAGUCCUCUUGUACCACCAAGUACGUUGAGAAGCAAGCCGGCAAGUUCGUGGGCGACACCAAGUGCGAGAAGCUCCCCAUUGAGAUUUGCGGUGCCGGUUGCGUGACUGAGGAGGGUCCCGAGGAGUGCCACGACAAGACCAUCACGUCCUUGUUGGAUGUGCCCGAGGAGGUGUGCGACUUGAACCCCCAGAAGACUUGCCGUCUGCAAACCCGAUUGGUGCCCUCUCUCAAGCCUGAACACGAAUGUACCAUUAUCCCUCAAGAGAUCUGCAACCUGAAAUUCACCUCCCCUCAACAAGUGGAGAAGCCUUUGAAGACCAAGUGGUGUUUGGACCCCAGUGCCCCUGUUCCCGACCAGACCUACGAUGAGGCCAAUGCUGGUGCCGCUCCUCUUGGCCGAAAAUAAUCAAAAUCCACAAGUUAUCCGGGGAUGGACUAAUUACGGUUGGUUUGUCCCUGGCAGCCACUAUUUUGCCGUUAUCGUAUUUAAUUUAUCCAUUUAAUUUAUUGUGAUAAAUAAAAAAUGUACUUCGC